AUGAUUACCCCAGUCCGGUGCUUCACUUGCGGCAACAUUGUGGGUAACAAGUGGGAGGUUUACUUGGGGCUGCUGCACGCAGAGUACACAGAGGGUGAUGCGCUCGAUGCACUGGGCCUGAAAUGUUACUGCUGCAGAUGCAUGCUGCUGUCUUACGUGGACCUGACUGAAAAACUCUUGAACUACGCACCCCUGGAGAAGUGA